CUUAGCUCAGACGGCAGAGUCCUAGCCACAUGUCUGGGCGAGGAUGCACUGCUCACUGAUCUUCGAACUGGCGAGCAAUUGGCUCGAAUAGAGGGUGUAUGUGAUCCUAUGCGACCAAACCGCGAUACGGGAGCUCCAUAGUAUACAAGGCUAACUAAUCUCUCACAUAGGAUGGAGAGGUGCUCACUACUCUUGCCAGUAAGGGAAAAUUGUCAAUGUCACCCAAAGAAGCCAUGCUGACUUGAGGCACAGUAACACCUUCGGCAUCUCAUUUGAUAACAUGCUCGCGAUCACUGUCCAUGCGCAUAUAUGCGCUUACUCGCUUGGAUUCGGAUGAUGGAUUUGACACAGAGCUGUUACGAACGCUGAAGCCACACACCGCCCCUGUCAUCAGCUCCGCCGUAGAUCGUACCGGUACGCUUUUUGCAACAGGAGGAUCUGACGGGGUGGUAAAAGUGUGGGAUAUCCGUGGUGGCUUCACGACCCAUGUUUUCCGCGGUCACAGUGGUAUCAUCUCGUCACUGCGUUUCUUCGAGGCUGCAGCUCCAGCUUCGCACGUAGGAAUUUCAGCAAGGAAUAGGAGAAAGGGCAAGAAGAACAAAGCGCAGGAUGAUGAAGAAAUGGAAGGUUUGGAGGAAUCCGAGGGAGGACUUGUGCAGACGUUCAGAUUGGCGUCGGGAGAUGACGAUGGAAAAGUUCGCGUAUGGGAUCUUCACAGGCGAAACUGUGUGGCCAUCUUGGAUUCUCACGUUUCCGUUGUGCGAGGGUUGGACUUCUCCUCAGAGGAAAAUGCGCUUGUUUCAGGCAGCCGUGACAAGACCAUUAUUCUUUGGGACGCCGCGACCUGGAAGCUACGGAAAGUUAUCCCUGUGCUGGAGACGGUGGAAGCCGUUGGUUUUAUUGCUCAGGGCUCCCUUCUUUACACUGGUGGCGAAAACGGAUGCGUACGUUUGUGGGAAACAAAUGAUGGAAGAGAAGCUACGAGAGAACAAGGGGUCGGAGCUGAAGGCGAGGGCAUUGUCGAUAUUGUCUUCCAGUCUAACCUCGAUUUCCUGGUGUCUGUCAAUGUUGAUCAGACCUUGACCUUACACUCCAUAUCACCUUUGUCCGAUUUCUCCGAGGGCCAGACCAUUGCUCCUCUUCCAAUUAUUCGUCAAAUUUCCGGAACAUACGAUGAGAUCAUUGAUCUUGCCUAUGUCACCCGAGACAAAUCAUACCUGGCGCUGGCGACAAACACGGAAGACAUCCGUAUUGUUUCUUUGGGCAAGACUCCGACGGCGGGCGACGGUCAGUCACAGAACUCCACGGCACCGCAGUACUUCGGCGCCGACGUGGCCAUGCUCAAGGGCCACGAGGACAUUAUCAUCUGCUUGGAUACAGACUGGUCAGGCCACUGGAUCGCAACCGGUGCCAAAGACAACACUGCUCGACUUUGGCGAGUCGAUCCCGAAAACAACUCGUAUACCUGUUUCGCAACAUUCACCGGUCACGCAGAGUCUCUUGGCGCGAUUGCUCUCCCACGGACCGUUCCUCCUGUUGGUACUCCAGCCUAUGAGAAACCUCUUGAGCAUCCACCCGCCUUUCUUGUAACUGGUUCGCAAGACAAGACCAUCAAGAGAUGGGACAUUAAAUCCUUGCUCUCUUCUUCUACCAAAAAGUCACCCCGCGCCGCGUACACUCGCAAGGCGCACGAAAAGGACAUUAACGCCAUCGACAUCAACCACACCUCAGCAUUAUUCGCAUCCGCCUCCCAGGACCGCACCGUCAAGAUUUGGUCCGCCGAGGAGGGCGAAACGCAAGGAAUCCUCCGCGGUCACCGCCGAGGUGUCUGGUCUGUCAAAUUCGCGCCCAAGGACACGCCUACCAUUACCGGCGAUGGCGGCGCUGCCAGCGGAAACCGGGGCCUUGUUCUCACCGGCAGUGGAGACAAGACCGUCAAGAUCUGGAGUUUGACCGACUACAGCUGUCUCCGCACAUUCGAAGGCCACACAAACAGCGUCUUGAAGGUUGCUUGGCUCAAUAUGCCCAAGGGCGAAGGCCGCGACAAGCGUGACGUCGAAAUUGCCAGUGCAGGCGGUGACGGGCUCGUCAAAGUCUGGGACGCAAGCAGCGGCGAAUGCGACUGCACUCUUGACAACCAUGAAGACAGAGUCUGGGCACUCACCGUGCACCCCUCAUCCAACACCAUCGUCUCCGGCGGCGGCGACAGCACCGUGACCUUCUGGGCCGACACUACAUCCACCACUCAAGCCGCUGCCGUCACCGCAUCCUCGCAGCGGAUCGAGCAAGAGCAGAAACUCAUGAACUACAUCCAUGCCGGCUCGUACCGCCGAGCCAUCACUCUCGCUCUGCAGCUCAACCACCCAGCUCGGCUCCUCAGCCUGUUCACCUCUGUCGUCAAAACCUCUCCUCCCGAAGCUGGGUCCCUUUCUGGCGUCCUCGCCGUUGACACUGUUAUCGGCUCGCUCUCGGAUGAGCAGCUCUAUUUGUUACUUCUCCGUCUGCGUGACUGGAAUACAAACGCUCGCACUGCGCCUAUCGCCCAGCGCAUCUUCUAUACCGUCGUCAAGUCCUACCCUGCGGAACGACUGGCCAGCUUGAAACCCGUCAAGGGCUCGGCGGCUAGAGGGAAAGGAGCCGCUAGCUUGAAAGAAUUGUUCGACGCUAUGAAGGCGUAUACUGAACGGCAUUAUCGCCGUAUGGAAGAACUCGCAGACGAGAGCUACCUUGUCGAGUACACGCUUCGCGAGAUGGACGACGUCGCGUUUGCUGAUGGAGGAGCUGGCGUGACUGCUGCCAUUGGUGGUGGAGACGCUGUUGCUGCAAUUGAAGCUGAAGAAGCAGAUGCCGGUUCUGACGCAGGCGAUAUGGCUGAGGUCAUGGAUGGAAUCAUAGCGGCUUAGCUGUCGUGUGAUGGCUCAUACGGUGAUCUGGUAUUUGUUUUGGACCAAAAAGCUUUUGUAUUCCCUUGAUUUCGUUGUUUCAUUUCAUAUGCUUUGCGGGAUACGGCGUUAGGAUCCUCUUCUUUCGUGCAUCGUUCUUGGCAUCCGCUCGGAAGCAAUUGAGUGCGCAUGCGCUGUUUCUACAGCUGGAUCAGUGUCAUCAUGUUUAUCAACAUUUUUGUUUCCCCUCAUUUAUCUGGGGAAGACUGCUGGAGUUUUGUACUAUAUAGUUGUGGCAUGGCGGCGUCCUGCUUUUUCCCUUGCCAAAACUUUGUACGUCUAUCUCUUUGGGACAGAAAAAAGUAUGGCAACUCAAUAGAUUAUUAGGAAUGAAGUAUAUCAUAAUAGAGUC